AUGGCCUUCAACGCUGUCAUCAACGCCUGCAAAAAGGAAGACAGAUGGUGCGAGGCGACCCACCUGGCAUCUCUGAUGAAGGAGAUGAGAUUGGAGCCGGAUGUUAACACCUUUAUCGCACUUGCCGCUUCGAUGGAACGCACGGGGCAGUGGCAGCAGAUCCUGUGUCUGGUGAAGGAGCGAGGCGAGUUAAAGCAAGAUCUGAUGAUACAGCGCUUGGCCGCUUUUCCAGCAGGUGGCCUUUGGGAGCUGUCCUUGCAUUGGCUUGCUACCAUGGAGGCGUCGCAGCAAGAUCCAGGCCAUGCCGGCUUUUCUCGGAGUUUGAAACUGUAA